AUGGUAGACAAAUUGGACAUGUCUUUGGAUGACAUCAUCAAGCUGAACCAUAGUCAGCAAGGAGCUCUAGCAUGGGGCCUUGGCCAGGGAUUGGGCCAGGGCUGGGGUCAGGGUCGGGGCCAGGCCCUGGGCAGAGGCCGGGGUAGGGGAAGAGCUGGAUCCCAGGGUGGCCGGGAAGCAGUGCAGUCCACCACAGGGGUAAAACCCGGCUGCUGGCCUAGGAGGAACUGGCGUGCCUUCGCCCACAGCAGGAGGAACCUGCUGGCACCAUACAGCAGAGUGAAUCAACUUCAGGACAAGUGGCAGCAUGGUCCAUUCCACAGUGGCUUCAGGGGUGGAGCCUGCGAGGAGACCAGUGGGAAGCUGCUUGUGUCAAACCUGGAUUUCCGAGUGUCUGAUGAUGAUAUUCAGGAACUCUUUGCUGAAUUUGGGAGGUUGAAAAAAGCCUCUGUGCGCUAUGAUCGCUCUGGACAAAGUUUGGGCAAAGCAGAUGUGCACUUCGAACGCAAAGCAGAUGCACUGAAGGCUAUGAAACAGUACAAUGAUGUCCCUCUGGAUUGCCACCCUAUGAAGAUCCGGCUUGUCACCUCACAGUUUGGUAUGCAAGGAAGACCUGCACAAAGCAUGAACAGAAGGGGCAUGACAGGAAACCCUGGCUCUAGAGGUUUUGGCGGUGGAGGCACCAGGAGAUGGACACGUGGAGGCUACAGGGGAGGAGGUAGAGGGGCCAGCAGCAAUUCGAAGCAGCAGCUUACUGCAGAGGAGUUGGACGCACAGCUGGAUGCUUAUCGAGCCAUGAUGGACACCAACUAA